AUGCAAACCGAUCCUAUUGAAGAUGAGGUGCCGUGGUGGCGACUAGAUCCGAAGAUGUCGCCGCCCAGGCCUCCCCGGCUUCCUCUUAGGAAACGAUUGAUGCGAAGUAUGCUGCGAGAUAGAGACGAAACAGGAAGUAUUUCAACUGAAGAUAGAAAGCGGAAGUAUGAUGAAGUGUCAUCGAACCCGGAAAGCACUCCUCCUUCCAAGUCUCCCAAAUUAUCCUGCGGCGGAAGUGUAUCUGUGCCGAACGCCACGCCAACAGAUAUCAAGCAAUCUGCAGAAACAGAACGAAUGUCUUUGCAAUAUACGACUGCAAAUACUGUUAAGUCGGCGGCACAGGACUCGGUAACACAGAUAUCAACCAUACAUGUGCUUGAUAUCCAUGAUAAGUCCACGCCACCACCUGGUCCUGCCCUGGCAGAUAUUUUUGCGGAUUCUGAUAGUACCACAUCCUACCCAAGCCAAGGCUCUGUGGCUGCAGCCAGGUCGCCCACUGAGCUAUCACCGAAGACUGAUCAGUCCCAAGUCAAUGGAAAUCGAUCUGAGCUGCAAGUACAGCUGCCGACACCUACCACCCCUUCAACGCAAAGCGCACCUACGCCUGGCCCAGUUUCCCUACAGUCCCCUUUAACGGUUGUGCCGCAUUUAGCGAAUGCCAAUUCUGUAUUCAAUACUUGUCUGGCGCAGCCUAGCCCAACUCGUACGAAGAAACUGAGUUUGAAGGAUUACGGAAAGCGGAAGCAAAAGGUUGAAGUCGUUGACAAAGCCGACGAAAGGCUAGGAACGAGGUAUUCAACUGAGGGUGUACCCUCAAAUUCUGAAAGAUCACCCUCGCAUUCGAGUCCCUCAGAGGAACCUCGAAAGCUCGCUGAUCAUUCAUCAGAAUUGAUGCAAGUGGUAACGAGUCCGUCUUCAGAAAUGUCAUCUCAUAUGAUAUUGGAUCCUACCAGAGUACCAACUGGGCCAAAAGAACACAGGACAGGAAAUCACUGGCAUGUGCGGUAG